CGUUCAACACCAGGGCAGGGGCUGAGGCGGCCAAACAGGACUUGCAGCAGGGCGUCAGGUUUGACCCCGACAUGCCUCAAACGAUCCGCCUGGAGUUUGCCAAAAGCAACACCAAGGUUAGCAAGCCCAAACAGCAGGCAGGCGCUACCGCAGGUUCCUCGCACCCAACUCUAAUGCACCCCCUCACCGGACAGCUGGGCGCGCCGUUCUUCCCGGGGGCUCCGGAGCUGUGGCACCACCCGCUGGCCUACUCGGCGGCGGCGGCGGCGGCCGCCGAGCUGCCCGGCGCGGCCCUGCAGCACGCCACGCUCGUGCACCCGGCGCUGCACCCCCAGGUGCCCGUACGUUCCUAUCUUUGACUAUCUGCAGACAAAUCGCCGGACUGCCAGCUGCACCAGCCCCAGGCCGCUGGCGCUCAUCCCCCGCUGUCCAUCCCGCACCCCACGGCCGCGCUCACGUCCAUCCACGCGUCGCUGCCGCACCUGCUGCCGUCGCCCGCGCUCGCCUCGCCCGUGGGCUCGUCCUCGUCGCAGCCGGGCGUGGGCGUGAGCAAUGCCCCGUGCUCCACGCUCUUCGUCGCCAAUCUGGGCCAGUUCGUGUCCGAGCACGAGCUUAAGGAGAUCUUCAGCAGUUUCCCCGGCUUCUGUCGUCUCCGCAUGCACGCCAAGGGCGGGUCCCCGGUCGCCUUCAUCGAGUAUCAGGACGUGCGCUUCGCAGCACAGGCCAUGGCCACCCUCCAGGGCUCCUUCCUGCUCUCCUCUGACCGCGGCGCUAUUCGUAUCGAGUACGCCAAAAGCAAAAUGGCUGAGUAUCCUGAAAUGAUAACGAGACUGACUAGUCAAACAGUAAUAAGAAAAAUGAGUCUUAUUCAUGAUAAAUUAUUGUUUGUAACUAAAUCUAAAGAAGAUUGUCAAGUUAAAAGAAACUAG